AUGUGUCUAAUUAGGUCCUAUUUUAGUAGGAAAAGCGCUCCUCCAGUCAUACGUUACGACUCAUAUCUCUCCUACGUUUCAACGGCUCACGUGACUGUUACGGGUCGUAUACUACGACUCGUAGUACGUACGGUUGGGAACCCUGCUUGCUUUCAAGUCCCCGGCCAUACCUUUCAUAGAUCAUGGUACUCCCUCAUAGCCACUUUCCCUUUACUGCAUUUUAGGAGAAGUGGGAGUAGUUUAUUCUCCCGUCUGAAAUCACUUGCUCGUUUCGCUCCUGUCUCCUACCUGUCAAGAUAUAUCUUUUGCCAACACACAAAAUGGAGAGUCGAUUCUGAGAGGCGGUCUAAUGAUCAAAUCUGUGACUGGACCCCGCAACCUCCGCCUCCUCGACAACUAACUUCCUCGUGGCCCCGUCACUCAAGUUGUCAAGCAAAUGACGGAUCAUCUACUCGAAGUCCAGAAGACCGUAGCGCUGCUCCCAUUUACCAAGACUUCGACGACAAGAAACAGACGCAGGUGCUUCUAGCACCAUGGGUGCCAGCAAGUCGGUUUUCGAAAUGUCUCCGUAGCUUUUGGAGGCUGCAACUGGAACCUGUGUAUUUGCAACAUUGGAGAGAUCAGAUCGGAAUCAUGCAGAACUGUUCAGCCCCCAGACAGAGUGGGAGUCCGCAUAGCAAAUGGAGCUUGGGUUCAUCAACAAUCCGGUUUGCAGGUGCGAUGUCCGGCUUCUUGCUUAAACACCUUGCUUCGCCUGUUCUCGUCUCUUCAAUAGAGGAAAUAUAA